AUGGCAUGUGCUGCAGCCCUCGACACGAGGGAAGCAAUAGUUUCUCUAUCGGUGUUCGGUGCGAUGCUACGAGCUAUUCACGAUGUUGUAGUUUCUCGCCGAACUUCCGUCACAUCCAUCACUGUCCUCUGUGAGUGGUCGUCUUCGUUCUUCUGUCAGUUCGACUUUGACAACAGAGCAUCUCGUGUUCAUUCAACGAGAUACCAUCGUGACAGACUUCCGUUGACAAUGAUGAGAGCAGCGCAUGAUUCGAUUCAUAUGGAAGGAAUGAUGGAAGCGAGUGAGAAGCCGAUGGUAUUCAGAAAACUCGACGAGAAAUCGAAGAACUUGCUGAAUAGAAAGAAUCCAGUUCCACUUCAUCAUCCCACUUACCUUUCAAUGAUCAAGGACGCAGUUCUGGCGUUGAACGCGAGCAAAGGAGUGAGCAAACCGGCACUUCUUAAAUAUUUGGCGCAGCAUUACCAACUCGGCGAAAAUCUUCCUAAGAUAAACUCUCACCUCUGCGUCGCACUUAGGAAGGCGCUCAAGGAUGGCUUCAUUGAGCAGGCAAAAGGACAUGGUGCAUCAGGCAGCUUCAAACUGGGAAAGAUGGCAAAAACUGAUACGAAACGCAGUGCACGUACUAGACUCGUUAAAAAGGCUACCAAAGCGAGACCAUCAUCAAUGAAGGCCAAGAGAAGCGUCAAAAACAAGCUGUCGAAGACCGUAGGAAUGGCUAGAAAACUAGUAAAGCCCAGGAAGGCCUCGAAAGCAAAGGUGAAGGCCAGGGCUGUCAAAAGUGGCGUGAAAUCGGCCACAGGGAGACAUCGCGUUCAGAAGAAACGUAGCGUUGCGAAGAAUAGAGCUCGUCGAGCCAGAAAGGCAUAA